AUGACAACACUAGCACUAGACGAUGUGCUCAUCGAGAUUGGUACGUUUGGAAGAUUCCAGCUUCGGCAGUUUCUGCUAAUGAUAUUGCCGCUCGUCUUCAACGCUUUCUCCAACCUGUCCUACGUGUUUACUGCGGCCGAUCUUAAGUACAGAUGCUACAUACCGGAGUGUGAGAAUCGCAGCGAUGCAGUGUACCGAACCGAAUGGUUACAGGCGGCAGUGCCCUUCGAGCGCAACCAACCGGCCGGGUGCGAACGGUACGAACCGCUUGUAAACAUCACCAGCGACUAUUUACAAUGCCAAGCGUCUGAUUUCAACAACUCCGCUAUCGCGCGGUGCUUCGACUUUGUGUAUGAAGAUAAAGCGGCCACAACGAUUGUGAAUGAAUUCAACUUGACUUGCGAUGAGAACACGUGGAAGAUAACUCUGGUGGGCACGAUACACAGUGUCGCACAGGCGCUAGCUCUCCUGCUCGGAGGUUUAUUUUCGGAUCGAUACGGCCGCAAAUGGGCCUUGCUGCUCUGCAUCGGGCUCGGUUCGACCCUUGGCAUCGUACGAUCGUUCUCGGUGAACUAUGAGAUGUUUUUGGUGUUUGAGUUUCUGGAACCGCUGCUCGGUUCGACCAUGUACACUACAGCAUUCAUCCUUGGCCAGGAGCUCGUCGGUCCGAAACAUCGCGUAUUCGCCAAGAGCCUGUGCCUGGUCGUGUUCGCCCUGGGGGAAGCGGUAAUGGGAGUUAUUGCAAUGUUCGUGCACAACUGGCGCUACUAUCUGUUGGCCCUGUUUGUGCCGGGCCUGGUGUCGCUUUCCUUCCUGUGGAUUACGGCCGAAAGUGUCCGUUGGUUACUUUCCAAGGGCCGGAACCGGGAAGCCAUCAUCAUACUGGAAAAAGCUGCCAGCACCAAUCGUCGGACGCUGUCUGAGAGCACGCAAAAGUAUUUCGCUACCAAUGACUAUCAGCGCGAAUCUCCUCAGCCGCCGGUGCAUUCUUCUUCCUUUUUCGACCAGCUCGCUGAAGUGUUCCGAUAUAAACGACUGAUCGUACGGUUAGCAAUCUGUUCCUUCUGUUGGUUCACUAACGUCAUGGUGUACUACGGUCUCACGUUGAACUCUGUCACAUUGGCGGGUGAUAAGAACGUUAAUUUCAUCUUGAUAACGCUUGUCGAAAUACCUAGCGCGGUGAGCAUGAACUUCAUACUGAACCGAUUCCCACGACGAAUGACACAGUUCGUGUCGCUAGCACUAUGCGGCAUCUUGUGUUUGGUAACGCUAGCCAUUCCAGAAGAUGACAGCUGGAUUCACACGGUCAUGUUUCUCUUCAGCAAAAUGGCAAUAUCGUUCUCCUUCGGCGUGCUGUACAUCUACACAGCGGAAAUUUUCCCCACAAACCUGCGACAAAGCUUACUGUCCAUGUGCUCCAUGAUCGGCCGGCUAGGGUCCAUAGUAGCACCGCAGAUGCCGCUGCUGACCAAAGUUUGGAAACCACUACCGAUGACCUUGUUCGGGUCGAUUGCACUACUAUCAGCAUUCACAAUUCUAGAAUUCCCCGAGACUGGCAAUAUUCGGCUGCCAAACACAGCGAGCGAGGCGGAAAAUCUCAAACAGAGCAGUUCAGACAGCGAUCGUUCGGAGAACGAAUAA